UUUAAAUAAAUAACAUGAUCACCCUUCCUAGGGCUAAAGAGACUUACACUUCUCACCCACCCCUGCUUGACCUAUUCGAGUCCUUUACUCGUCCCAAAGCUGAAGAUCCAGUAUAUAUGAAAUCAAAGAAGAAUAAAAGGAAACAUUUCAAAGAGAAAUAACAGGCUUAUCAAGAUAGGUGUAUUGAAAAGGUCCUCCUCCUCUAUCCCCAAAGAAUGCAGCACUCCUUCGAUGAAGGCACAUCCGACUCAGAAGAGAAAUUCUACAAAUCAACUCAGGAAUUAAGAAUAGCUCCUCGAACGAAUUUAUGGAGGAGAAAAAGUACUCCUGCACUCUGAACAUCAGCGCUGAGAGGACAUCCCAGAACAAAGAUUCAUACCAAAAUCCAUCAGUGGGUGAAGACCAGGGUACUAGAGUGGAGAGCCCUAUCCUCAAUGCGAACAACAUGAGACAUUCCUCUGGAUCUAGUUCUCCCCAGUUAAUUAGUGACCGCAAACCUGCUUCCGGGCUGAAGCAUACCAAAUCAGCUAAAAUUAUUAAUAUAAGUACUAAAGUCCCAAAAGAGCACUUUCGUAAAGCAAGGCUUAACAUCAAACUGAAGAAGAUCAAGACCAGAAAGGCUUCCAAACCUAGUCUAAAAAGGAACAGAAUUAAGAAAGGCAAUAUCGCAGGGCUUUCAAAACAUCCUCAAAUCACAGACCUGAGAAACGAAACUGUUGAGGAUGCACCAACAAAUCCUCAUGGGUACCAAGUAGGCUCUAUUUCGCCUGUAAAUGCUCACCCUCCAAAGACACAGCGUUUGGAGAAUUGUCCAAACAAAGUAACCAAGCUAGAGCCCAACCUCAAUCUGGAGAGCCCAAAGUACGAAAAAGUGCUGUUUUUUAAAAGACCAAUUACAAGAGACAGACCUAGUCCGUAUGAACCACAGAGGAAUUUUAAAAUUCUGAAGGAUUUCUUCCAAGUCAAGAUCCUUGAAAACAACUCUCCUGAUUAUGCUCCUGCUAACGGAGGAAAUUUCAUGUUCAAUUCAAAUCUAGCGAAGGCGAGUUCACAACCGACAGAGUUCUUCCAAGCAGCAAAGAAUCAAGAUUUGUUACUCUUUGCUAAAUCUGAUGCCAAUGAAGCUUUUCCUAGGGUAAAGACCUCGAUUGGAGGGUACAGGAGUACCAGUCCAGGGACGGUGACUGAAAAGGUGAUUUUGCGUCGUCCAAAGCCGGUCUCAAGGCAUAACAAGAACCCACUCAGCAGCUUCCAUCACUAAACCUCAACAAGUACCACGACCUCAUAAACAAGGCUAUCAAAAUGACUGCCAAUAACCCAAGCGAAACUAAACUCACUCGUACCAAAAAUCCAAAAUUCAAAAACCUCAACCACAAGAAGACCCCUGGCUCCCAAGAGCCUAGAAAAGCCUCCAUCAACUCAAAGCUGGCCCGUCAGUUUAAAAGCCGUCCUAAAGUGUGUAAAAAUGCAAAAGAAAUGCUUAGAAAAAGGAAUGUCCAGACAAGACAA